AUGGCGACUACCGCGAUGGAUUACGAGAACGCCAACGGUGACCGUUUUGAUGAUGACGGUCCUCGCUACGAGCGCGAUCAGCGAAGCGCUUCUCCUCGAGCCUCCCGCGAUGAUGGCGUCGACGCUUCCCGCCGCCGUUCCGCUUCUCCUGCUGCCAUUCAAGAUCGUGCUCCCAAGGAAGAGAACGGUAAUAGGGACGAGGACGGUUCCGUUAAUCCUGGAUCUAAUCUCUUCGUGACUGGAAUCCAUCCUAGAUUGACUGAGGCCGAGGUUACCCGCCUUUUCGAGAAGUAUGGCGAAGUUGAGAAGUGCCAAAUCAUGAAGGACCCUCACACCAAGGAAUCUCGUGGCUUUGGUUUUGUCAAGAUGGUUACCUCUGAGCAAGCCGACGCAGCCAAAGACGGCCUUCAAGGGGAAGAGAUUGAGGGUCGAACCCUUAGUAUCGAGAAGGCUCGCCGUGCUCGUCCUCGAACCCCUACUCCUGGCAAGUACUUUGGACCCCCAAAGAGAGAGAGCCGUCCUCGCUUUGAUGAUCGACGCCGUGGCGGUGGUUAUGGCGGUUAUGGCGGGCGUGAUGAUCCGUACCGCUACCGAGGCUACGAUCGACCCCGUUACGAGGAGCGUGGCGAUCGUGGAUAUCGCGAGGAUCGCGGCUACGACCGCAACUACCGUGAAGGUCGUGGUGGAGGUUAUAGCGGCCGAGAGGAUCGUGGUUUUGAUCGUGGCUACGAUCGUGGUUACGGCCGAGAUGAUCGACGUGAACGUGGUAGCGGCGGUGGUGGCGGUAGCGGUGGUGACGAUGCUUAUGGUCGAAUUGAUCGCUAUGCUGGUGGUCGUGAAGAGCGUGACCGGUAUGGUCCCCGAGGAGGUGAGGAUCGACGUGCUGCCCCUGGCUACGAGCGUGAUCGUUACGACCGUCCCGACCGAGAUGGUGCCCGAGCUCGCGAUCCGGCUCCUUCUGGCUAUGCCGAACCCGCAUCCCGGCCUGAUGCCCGCGAGACUUACGGAGGUGCGCCUUGA